AUGAAUCCGAAGGAAAGCAAUUGGAGGCAUCUGUGUGAGCGGCUGGAAAUAGGUGCUGUCUGCGGAAAGACUGCGAGAGGCAAACGAGUCCUGGUCGAUCGAAUGAACUACCUGAUACGCGUAUCUCUGUACCGCGGAAUCGUCAUCUGCAAACGAUCGGAAACGCUGAGGGACGGAACCUCCGACCGGAAGUGCCUCACGAUCGACUAG